UGGAUUUGGAGAUAUUUUUGGAUUUGUCAUGAUAUGAUAAAAAUAAUUGUAACAAAAACAGAACCCGAAACUGCGCGUUUUCAUUUUGAUUUAACAAAACUAUGUAAAACCCCUUUCCAUUUUUACUCCAAAACACCAAGUCAGCCCAGAUGUCGUCCAUUCUGAAAAAUAUCACAAUGGCUGCACUAGAACCAUCCCUAUUGCGAAGCAAAUUUAGGGGAAGUCUACUCGGAGCCCUAAUUGGAGACUGUACGGGAUCCCCAUACGAGGGCGAAACUAUCACCGCUGGUGAAAAAAUUAUAAUUCAAAGAUAUUUUGAUAAACUGGAGGAACCAAACUUAAACUUAAAAACUCCAUUCAGAGCAUACACCGACGACACAGCAAUGACAAAGUCCGUAGCGAAAUUCCUCAUAGAUAAACCAGAGCCUGACUAUGGUUUCCUGGCAAGAUUAUUUGUGAAUGAUUAUUUCAAAGAACCCAGGCGUGGGUAUGGACAAAAUGUUGUAGAUGUUUUCCACAAACUGAAAACUAGCAAGUUCGAGGAUGUCUUCAAACCAGCAGCAGAACAAUUCAUGGGUUCUGGUUCAUAUGGAAAUGGGGGUGCCAUGCGUAUUGCCCCUAUAGGCCUCUAUUAUCACAACAACUACAAAAUCAUGAUCAAAGUUGCUACACAGUCCACAAAAAUCACACAUACACAUUUAUUGGGAAUAAAUGGGGCACUUUUGCAAUGUAUGGCAGUUCAGCAAGCUUUAAUGUUGGAUCCACAGAAGAAACUAGAUCCUAGACACUUUUGCUUGGAAUUGUAUCUCAAGAUGAAGGAAGUGGAGAAAACUGAAGAAGAUGGGGAAGAUGAGUCUGAUUUCACUAGCAGAGCUUAUCAAGAGAAAUUGAAAGUAGUAGAACGCUUGUUAGGUAAACCACAUGAUGAUAAUUUGGAUGAUGAAGUUAUCAGGAAUCUGGGUCAUGGCAUAAGUGCUUAUGAAUCAGUUCCAACAGCAAUUUACUGCUUUCUGAAAACACAAAAUGAGUCCUGUGGAAUAAUGACUGACAACCUGCUGAGACGUACUAUCCAGUAUGCUAUAACACUAGGUGGUGAUACAGAUACUAUAGCGAGUAUGGCCGGUGCUAUUGCAGGGGCGUAUUUGGGAGAGGAUGCUGUCAAUUCCAGUAUAGCCAAACACUGUGAAUCAUACAAGGAAAUUGCAGAGUUGGCUGAUAAUUUGUUUGAAGCUAGAGGUGGCUCACUAGUUAGUGAGUGAAGAUAUCUUACAUCUGACAAUUUAUUUCUUAUAUUAUUAUUCCAUAUUGCCAGUUAGAAAGCAUGGCAUGCAUCACCAAAUGUAAAGUAACAACAAUAUUAAUUCUCACUAUUUGAGAAAACUUACAAACAUUGUCCUUGUGAUUUGAGAGCUUAUAACCUUCCUAAAUUUUUAUUGUUGUUUCAUUUCAUUGAAGAAUUUUUAUCCAUUACUUCAUUUAUAUGGAAAUUC